AUGUCGUCUCCGGCAUCCUUCGCUAUGGACGUAGACGCGUCACAAUCACCAGGAAAUCCCUUCCUCGAUAUCCCGACGCGUCCUAUGAGAGUCAAGGUUCUGUACACGUUCGACAACGAGAACAAGACGAAUUGCCUCGCUCGCUUUCCCGACAUCCUUCACGUCCCCACGGUACCCAUCGACGAAAACACACAGAUUGGUGUCAUCGAAUUACGCACAUGUAUCCGCGCCAUCGUUUCGGCCAGUCCGGAACUCGUGUCGCGUCUCACCCAAGGCGACUUCACCAUCUAUGCCUACGACUACUCCGAGUAUGAGACGCCGCUGGUGGGCCAAGGAAUGCUAUCGUCCGUGCUUGCCGCCGCCUCGCCCACCCCUACUGCCCCUGCAUACCAGUCCAAGACGAUGAUCACUGGUCGCGUCUGCAAGAACAUCAUGGGCCUUUUUUCGAAUGGCGUCAAAGAGACGUUAGAAGUUAAACUGAGGCUGGUCCCGGUACCCAAGCCCGUCCAGAGUGACUUCCUCAAGAGCAUGGAGAUGUACCGAAACAUCAACCCCGCCAUGUCUGCAGGCUUCGACCCUAACGCCUGGUCCGCUUCCUUCUCACAGACUGGUCUGUCUCUCGGAGCUCCCUUUGAAGAAGGCAUGACGCCUACACAGACAAGGCCAGACACAGCAGAUCACGACAUGAUGUCUCUCCAACGUCCGCGACAAGGCUCUAAUGCUAGCUUCAAUGGCCAACAAUCCUUCUCGGGCCCAACGCCGUCAUACAGUGGACCUCCAAGUCGAGUCAAUAGCCCCUCCAUGAACCAAUCCGGACCUCAGCCAUACCCAACCGAGAACAUACCCAGGCCCUCGUCAAGGAUGUCCGUACAAAGUGACAUGCACCACGAACGUCGAGGAUCCAUGGCUGGACAGGAGCAGUAUCAAGAAGAGGGCCCAGCAAGAAAAAGAGUAAAGGUGACACAGGCUGACUGGCGUGGAAAGUCUGCCUUUGGUGGCUCAUCGGAUUCGUUGCGCGUCACGGCCAGUACUGCUGCAUCUAUUCGUGUACACAAGCCUGUUGCCAUGCGCCCGGGUAUGAUGGGCAACUCGCUGGAACCGCCACCCAGAGUCCCGACGCCGGUCCCACAGAUCAGCUUGUCUGGUUCUCGUCCUAACCCUGGAAGUAUCCUUCGCCGUGAAUCGUCCCUUGCCAGAGCACAGACCUACAACUCUCCAUACGACCCAACCCCCAACUGUCUCGCCCCUGAUUCGACCAUGAGCUCACCCGAGGAUGCUGUGAUUGAUCACAACGGCAUCACUCCUACUGACUUCCCAUCAUCGCCACCUCUUCUUCCUGAGCCUUCUAGUCCAGGGCUACCAUCAUUCUCCAGGCCAGCUGAUUCUGGAUAUAUGAGCUCUGCGUUUGAGUGCCACGACGAUGACGAAGACCGGUCAGUGUGUGACGAAGAUAUGCAGAUCGCUGCACAAUACAGGCCUAGGACACAGGCGCCUCCUUCAGGAGGAAUUUCUUUUAUCGAGCAAACUCCCGGACCUCCGGAGUUGUUGCCUACAAGAAUGCAGAUGUCACACACCGGUGUGAUGGAUGAGGCAGCCGCAGCUCAAGCAGAAAUAUCGCGCAAGAAGGCUCGCAAUGCUGUAUUGGCUCAAGCCUCGCGCAGAAACUCUGUCGCGUUGCCACCCAAACCACAGUCACAAGCAAACAAGCCAAGUAUGGCUAGAUCUGCGUCGAUGAUUGUCAGAUCUGACGCAGCUUCGCCUGCUCCUACUGAAGCCAAAGCACCUCGCAGUGGUUCUGGAGCACAGAGGAAGAAGAACAUUCAGGAUAAACUUCAGAAGUCUAUCGAGAAUGGUGAGAUGCCUCCUUUCUGCGGUCACUGUGGUGCUAUCGAAACGCCAACCUGGCGUCAUCUUUUUGUAAAGACGGUGCAGGGUUGUCCAGAAGACAUGGAUCCUGCAGAGACCGAAACCGUGACUAUCGGUGUGGAGGUGCUCACCCGAGAUCCUGACACCCAAAAAUCUACCAAGUAUCGUAUCAUCAAGUCGAUGCGUAAGACGAAGGAAUCACAAGAUGCAACAGUGGGCUUUGACACUAUGCAAGUGUGCAAUCCUUGCGGCCUCUGGUUCAACAAAUUUAGAGUCAUGAGACCUUCUGACAAAUGGGUCAAGAAGCAAGCGAUCAAGAGCAAGAAGCAACAGCGCAAGGCUAUGCCACCCGCUGGUCCAUCAGAACCACAGUCUGAUUACUUCGUUGAUCAGCCUUCAACAUUGUACACUGAUGCUGUUCAGCCUGAAGACGACAGUAACAGCCGAUCUAGCGAAGAGCGAACUCGUGAGGAGACUAUUCCACCCGUCAACCGCCCCAGAGCAAGCAGCGUUCAGCCUCAGCCCAAGCGUAGUGAGAGUGAAAAGCAGUGGACCGGUCCCGAGUUGGAUGCUGCAUUGCAUCGCGCUAUUCAGAGUAGUCCCGCUCGCUUUGUUGGCUCGCAAGAAAGUCCAAUCGAAGUCGAGGCAGAAGAGACUCCCAAACCGACCCGUCGCUUGCUAUUCCCGUCUCCACGUGAGAGAAAUGGUCAGAUGAAGACACUUGACGACCUGGCUCUCCCGGGUGCGAAGCCUCCAUCCAGCACCAUAAUCGAGAUGGCGUUUGUCGAGGAGCCCAACAAAGAGAACUGCCCACCCCAGGAUCAAGAGGACGACGACCUUGCACAUUUGUUCGAAUGUUCGCCCAACGUGUUCAAGACGCCUCGCAAGACUCCCGAGCAGAACGCCACUUUCGAAGACACUCUUCUUAAGACACCUACGCCCUCGCGCUCUUCGCUUCGCACUGUAGCGCGCAACACACGCACUCCUAGCGGCAAUCAAGGCUCGACAUUCUUGCCCACCUUUAGCUCGGCUGAGGCUAAGAAUCUCUUCCCGAUAACUCCGUCAAGGUGGGCCAAUUUGUCAUCGCCGUCUAGAGGUCAGAUGACACCUUUCACUCGCCAACUAACACAACUGCUGAGCGAUGCCCACCAUGAGGCGCCGUUCCUCAGCCCUGGUCGUCAGUUUGACUUCUCGGAUGCCAUGCCGACCUUCAUGACGCCUGGAAGAUCUCUCGACUUCAACUUCGACGACUUUGAUAUCUUGAAUGUCGAUGUUGGCGCCGCUGUGACUAGCAACCCUAGUGACACUGCCAUUGCGGCAAUUACAAACGCAACCACCGCCCUGCAUGCGUCAACAUCUGUGGACGUCCCUACCGAGCAGGCAAACACCACCACUACUACUACCACAUGA